AUGGCCUUGUCGGGACUCAGUGGCAGAACUGUGACACGCCAACAGCUGGUGUUUGUGAUUCUGUGUUGCAUAACUGUUCUGGUGUUUCUGUCCUUCAACUGGAGCUCAGCAGUAGAACCAGAGGACGGCAUGCAGGAGCUGAGGAAGUCCCUGUUUAGGGAUUUCUGCGACAGAAAAAAGGCAUCUAUAUCUGAGGGGAAACGUAGCAUUGACCAGAUGAGCAAUGAAGACCUGAAGCACCUUCUGGUGGACGACAAUCAUGGAAUCAUCUACUGUUACAUUCCCAAGGUGGCGGGCACCAGCUGGAAGAGGGUCAUGUGGGUCCUCAACCAAAGCCUCCCAUAUGCUGACCCCUCAUCCAUCCCAGGACACCUGCUCCACGUGCCUAAUAAGCUCAUGCAGCUUACCAGCGGUCCCAGGGACCUGAUGAAGGUGAAGCUGAAGCACUACACCAAGUUCCUGUUUGUGCGGGAUCCCCUCAUGCGCCUCAUCUCUGUGUACUGGGAAAAGUUCCAACGGCCCAACAGUUACUUUUACCAAAACUUUGGAAAGAAAAUCCUGCGCCUCCACGGGAAGUGGUUGAACCCCCCUGAAACACUAGAGGACGCUGUGAAUUUUGGAGUCAGACCGUCAUUCCACAACUUCAUUCAGUACCUGCUGGACCCCACAACCGAGAUGAAUGAGCCGUUCCAGCCCCUCUGGAGGCAGAUGCACCGACUCUGUCACCCGUGUCACAUUCCGUACGACUUUGUGGGCCACCAGGAGACCCUCCAGGAAGACGCUGCUCAAUUGCUGAGAAUACUAAAGCUGGAAAACGACAUCAAAUUCCCACUUCCACACGCGAACGUGAGUUCCCCUCUCUCUGUGAUGGAGUGGUACAGUACAGUGCCUGUCGAGGAGAGGAAGAGCUUGUACAAUCUGUAUGCAAAUGACUUCCGACUCUUUGGUUACACAGUGCCAGAUGCUUUUUUUGAAGAAUGAGGUCAAAUAUGCUCUUACGUUAUUUUAUGCGUUUAUACGAAGAGAAGGGCUUCUCUGGAGUGGAAUCUGCUCUGAAAUGACAGGUAUAGGCAUUGAAUGGAGUGAGGAAGUGGUGAUACAAUACCUCCACAGAGUGCUGAACCUACCUCUGACUAGUGUGACGCACCACAAAAACUGAUGGUGUCUUCACAAUCGCGAACGAUUUCAAUAAAGGGCAGCAACAUUACGCUGGUUGAUGACCGGACUACUGGAAACAGCAGACACAAUUCAGUCGCUCCUUAUCUCAUUAUUUCUGACACAGCUCAUUUAUUUAUGACUACACUGGAGUUGGUCAUGUGACCAAUAAAAACGUCUUUUGCUUGUGUUACAUGUGACUGUGAAGUACAUCUGUUUGUAAUAAAGCUGUAACUGUAAUUGUAAUAAAGCCUGAUA